CCUUGCCGGCUGACUAUGCGGCGCUCUCUCAUCUGCUCCAAAUGGUUGCUCCCCGGCGCGACCCUGGCUCUCGGCGCCGGCCUCGGCUCCUGCCUGACGUACUACUCGCUCGGCGGCAGCGCGGCCCCGGAGGUGCUGCGCCGGGUGCCCGUGAUCCCCGUGCCGCAGGUGUCCGCCGCGUCCUCCUCCUCCUUGGAGAUGACACCCUACCAGUCCACCGGCAUCAUGAAGUACGGCUUCCCGGGCCUGGCUCACCUCAAGAGCCGGGAGUCCUACGUGCUGUCGUACGACCCGCGCAACCGGACGGCGCACUGGGUGAUCGAGCAGCUGAGCACCGAGCGACUGAGCGGCCUGGCCGACCGGAAGGUCAGCGAAUUCCGCGAGGACGACUCGGUCCACGUGUACCACCGGGCCGGCAACGACGACUACCGCGGCAGCGGCUUUGACCGGGGCCACCUGGCCGCGGCGGCGAACCACAAGUGGAGCCAGAAGGCGAUGGACGACACCUUCUACCUGAGCAACGUGGCCCCGCAGAAUCCCCAUUUAAAUCAGAACGCUUGGAAUAACCUGGAGAAGUUGUGUCGCAGCCUGACCAAGCAGCACAAGAACGUCUUUGUGUGCACCGGACCUCUCUACCUGCCACGAAAGGAGUCCGACGGGAAGACGUACGUCAAGUACCAGGUCCUGGGCAGGAACAACGUGGCCGUACCCACCCACUUCUUCAAGGUGGUCAUCUUAGAGAAGCACAACGGUGAGGUGGAGCUGCGGCCCUACGUGAUGCCCAACAUCCCCAUGGACGAGAAGAUCCCACUGGAACGCUUCUUGGUGCCCAUAGAAAGCAUCGAGCGGGCAUCUGGCUUAUUGUUUGUACCAAACAUCAUGAAAAGGACAAACAGCCUGAGGGCAAUCACAGCUGGCAGUAAAUGAGGGGGUACAAGUGGCACACGCUGGCUCUGGACUGGAGAUGACACGAGAUG